GCCCACUAGUCCCAGUCCCGUCCCCUCUACUCCAGCACACGUGACCACGGCCGGCGCCUGCUACCCGUACCAUGGCCCAGCCACUGCCUCGGCUGUCUGUUCCCGCCGGGCUGGCCCUGGGCUCGGCCGCGCUGGGCGCCGCCUUCGCCACUGGUGUCUUGCUGGGGAGAUGGUGGCCUCCGUGGGGGUCCAGGAGACAACAGCGCCUGCUGCCCCCUGAGGACAGUCCCCUGUGGCAGUAUCUGCUGAGCCGCUCCAUGCGGGAGCAUCCGGCGCUGCGGAGCCUGCGACUGCUGACGCUGGAGCAGCCGCAAGGGGAUUCCAUGAUAACCUGUGAGCAGGCCCAGCUUCUGGCCAAUCUGGCGCGGCUCAUCAAGGCCAAGAAAGCUCUGGAUCUGGGUACUUUCACAGGCUACUCCGCCCUGGCGCUAGCACUGGCGCUUCCCGAAGCUGGCCGCGUUGUAACCUGUGAUGUGGACUCGGAGUCCCCGGAGCUAGGGCGGCCCCUGUGGAAGCAGGCCGAAGUGGAGCAGAAGAUCGACCUUCGGCUGCAGCCCGCCCUGCAGACUUUGGGACCGCAGCUCAGCUGCACCUGCCCUCUGUUCCUGCAAGAUGAGCUCCUGGCGGCGGGCGAGGCCGGAACCUUCGACGUAGCGGUGGUGGACGCGGACAAGGAGAACUGUGCGGCCUACUACGAACGCUGUCUACAGCUAUUACGCCCCGGAGGCGUGCUCGCAGUACUCAGAGUGCUGUGGCGCGGGGAGGUGCUUCAGCCUAAGCCCAAAGACAAGGCUGCUGAGUGUGUGCGGAACUUGAAUGAGCGCAUUCUACGGGACGCCAGGGUCUACAUCAGCCUCCUGCCCCUGGGUGAUGGGCUCACCUUGGCCUUCAAGAUCUAAGAACCCCAGCUAGUGACCUUAAGUUUUAAACAAUAAAAGGACUAAGACACACGA